AUCAAAUUCGGGGGGAAAUGGAUAACACAUUUUCCUUAAUACUAAGAUUUGUUAGAAGCCCACGCUUAAUGACCACGAUGCUUCGGUCUGGCUUAUUUUUUCAGACUCCAUCUUAUGCUCACACUAAAAGGGUAAUUGGGUUGUUAUUUGUAACAUAUGAAUAAAUCCCUUAUUUCUAAAGUGCGUGGUGUAGAUGUACCUAAAGGCCACUUAAAACUGGAAAUGGAUAGGCACACAAUACAUAUCCUACAGGCCAUCACUGUACAAUAGAACAAUCACAUAAAAUGUGGCAAAAAAAAGGAUUGGAGAUGCUGGUGUUGGACUUUGAACUUCUUUGGAGAUACUGUUAGUGAAUUUAAAGCCACGGUUUGGUGACUUGGUCCUUUACUCUUUCAAACAAAACAAAACAAAAUGCAAUUCUAGCAUUUAAAAACUGCUGGAUCUUCACCCACUCUACCACCUCCUACAUAAAAUGGGGGGAAAUAACAGAACUGGUCUUCAGUAAAAAUCCACAUCUGUCACGUCAGUUUAUUAUCUAUAGAGGUUUGUAUAGUGUAUAGCUGGCUGCUUGUUUUGGGAGUCUCUGACAUAGUAAAACGGUGGGAACCCCCUAAAGCUUCUGCAUAAAGGACUAAUCUUGAAGACGCAGAGGGUUAAUUUCAAGCCCCCACCACCACCACCCACAUCUCCAAUUUGAAAGCCGCCUCUCUACCGGGAGAGGAAGGCUCUUUUUCGGUCAGAUGGCGUGCUGCAGUCCGCCCCCGUCAUUCUCCAGCCCACACAGACAGCAAAAAGGCAGCCAGCAACCAAUACGGUGCGCCGGAGGAGGAUUUCUGCCAGUGAUUUCAGACGAGGUAAGAUACGCAAAGGGGAUUUACUACGCCAAUCUGCGCCGAGGAAGCUGUCGGCAAUAGGUAAGACGUAUUGCUCUGGCAGAUCCGACCCGUGACAUCGGUGGCUGGAGCGACACCCUUGCUAAAUCACGCCGGUUUCCUCUUUACACAUCUGUAAACCUGACCUAAAGAAGGUUCAUGUCUUUCCUUUCUCCUGCCUAAACUUUCCAGUGCUGUGUGCCAUGUCUCUGCCACGCACACUUGGUGAGUUGCAGCUGUAUCGGGUCCUCCAGAGGGCCAACCUGCUGGCCUACUAUGAAACCUUUAUCCAGCAGGGUGGUGACGAUGUCCAGCAGCUCUGCGAGGCAGCGGAGGAGGAGUUCCUGGAGAUCAUGGCACUAGUUGGCAUGGCCACCAAGCCACUGCAUGUGCGUAGGCUGCAAAAGGCCCUCCGAGACUGGGCGGCGAACCCUGCCCUUUUCAGCCAGCCUGUUGCUAAUGUUCCUCUUGGGGGCAUCCCGCUCUUUAAAGUUGAUGGCACUGGCACAAGUGGAUCAGCUGGCGGGCCCAGAAAGUCUGUGAGUAAUGGGCAGCCAGGAUCCCCCUGUGAGAGAGAGGAUCGGAUGUGCCUUACACCAAUGCACAGCGGGAGUCCAAGAAGCCCCUGUUCCCAGGCCUCUCCACAGCCCCCAGACACACACUACAGGGAAAAACUUUCUCCUAUGGAUCCACACUGGCUCAGCCCAGAGCAUGAUGGGAACUGCACUUUGGGUUCUGCACCUGGAACAGAAGAGGAGCCAUCCAGCCCACCUCUACUGUCAACAUGUCCUCCCGGUCCUUCCACGUCUCCGAGCCCCUCUGCAUCUUUCACCCCGGCAGCUCCGUCUGCCUGGCCCGGAGGACAGCUGGAUGGAGAGACAGCGAGGGCCGUGGUGGAGACUGUGGAGAGGCUCCUCACGACCCUGCCUAGGUCAGAUCCUGCAGAGGUGAAGACUUUGCUGAGGAUGAAUAAGAAGAUGGCAAAGACUGUGGGACACAUCUUCAGAAUGGGGUCCCAGGACGUGAACAAGGAAGAGGAGAUCCGGAAAUACAGUCUUAUUUAUGGGCGCUUUGACUCCAAGAGGAGGGAAGGCAAGCAACUCACACAUCAUGAGCUGAUCAUCAAUGAAGCUGCAGCCCAGUUCUGCAUGCGUGACAAUGCCCUUUUGCUGAGACGGGUGGAGCUCUUUUCUCUGGCUCGGCAGGUGGCGAGAAAAUGUGCCUACACCUCCACACUAAAGCAUGCAAGGACGAACCCGGACGAGAGCAGCCUUUUGCCCCAGAAGAGAGCGAGGCUCGAGGGAGUCGUGCCCGAGAGUGUGUCAUCACUCCUCGGAGUGGAGGGAUCCGAGAGUUUGACUCAGAGGGCAGAUGACGACAGCUUAUCUGCAGAAAGCCUGGACAGUGUAUCACAUGACAUGGGCUCCCAGUGCAACCAGUCUCCAUCUCCCCGUCCUCACACUGAAACCUCCAACCCCGCCAGCUGGAGUCGCCACCUCAUACAGCAAACGCUCAUGGACGAAGGGCUGAGACUGGCUCGCAUGGUGUCACAUGACCGGGCGGGAAAGAUCAGCCUAGGUUCAGACGGAGCUCACGCCACAGGUGACAAUUCAAACCAUGACAUUAAAGUGGAGAGGCAGAGCUCGAUAGCAACGUGCAGGAGCAGUAGCCCUUGUGUCACCAAAGAUGACUCCAACCACCGAGGGAAAUGAAACCUUCAGGAGCUUAUCAGGGAACUCAAACGUUGCCCUGCCACUGAGCUCCAAUCAGAGACUUGUAAACAGGCCACGUUUACUUCACUGACAUCUGAUGGAGAGGAAGACUCUUACUGACUUCAAGCCAGUACAGGAAAUGUGAGAAAUUACCAGCAACUGAUAUUAUAAAUCUGCAGUGACUUCUGAAUCCUGAGGUUGUGAAUGAAGUUGAAAAUGUUUUUGAUUUUAUAUUCAGUGAAUACACAGGGAAGAGACUCCUUUUGUUGUUUUAUUUUUUAACACAUGGACAAAAUGUCCCACAGAUUUGAGCUGAUAUAAGAAAAAAAAUGCUCAAAAAAAGAACUGAAUUACUUUGUUGUGAUCAUUGCUGUGUGUUGGAUGUGCCACCUGCUUGAGACAAAACGGGCUCACCACAGCAGGGGGCACUGCAACUUUGGAAACUAAUCCUCCAGUUCCUCCGCACUGAGCGACUCGUUGUAGUUGUGUUUAGCAGAGGUACUUAACUCAUUCACUGCCAUUGACGUCUAUAGCCGUCAAUUGCAGU